CAACUAACUUGCACUUGUUUCAUGAAGAAAUACCUGACCGCAUACGCCCGCAAGUGAAUUAGCAAAAGCUCAAAAGCUAACUAAUGCUAAUUAACAAUUUUAUGGAGCAGAGGGUUCGCUGUGAAACUGACUACUACAUUUGCCACUGUGACCUGCAGCCUGCUGAGCCGCCUUAAUGGGGAGCUGGAGUUCGCCUGAAAAUGGUGCCGACACAGACCCCGCCGACGUUCGCCUUCUCCUGGUAGGACCUAAACGCACAGGCAAGAGCUCCUAUGGCAACACCAUACUUGGACGUAAAGCCCUCGACACCAGAGGGGGCGGGACUAGCACUGCGGCCAGUGGAACCGCAGCCGGUCGUGACGUCACCGUGAUUGAUGCCCGGGGCUGGGGCUUCUCAGAAGACUCUGUCCCCAGGGAGGAGAAGAUAGAGCUGCUAAGAGCCCUGUCGUUGUGUGGCCCCGGUCCCCACGUUGUCCUCCUAGUGAUUCCCCUACUGGACUUCACCGAGAUGGAGAGGCAAGCGGCGGAGAGGCGCAUGGAGGUCAUGACCUCUAGUGUGUGGAGGCACACCAUGGUGCUCUUCACUUUCGGCGACUGACUGAAGGGGAGGGGGCGAAGCCUGGAGCAGCAUAUCCAAUCUGGGGGCCUAGCACUGCAGUGGCUGAUGGAAAAGUGCAGGUACAGGUGCCACGUGUUGGAUAACAAGGAGGGACAGUGGGAGGGAAAGGAGGGAAGGGGUCAGGUGGAGGCGUUAGUGAGCAGGGUGAAGGACAUGUUGCAGGAGAACGGUGGAUGGCACUUCUCCCUUCACAUGUAUCACAGGCUGGAGGAAGAGUGGAGCCGGAGAGAGCAGGAGUUGAGGGAGAGGCUGGAGGGAGAGAGGGAGAUGAAGAUUGAGCGGGAGAGGAUGAGAGAGACUGGAAGAGAGGCAGGGCCAGGAGGAGUGGGAGACUCCGAGAGCGAUAGGGAGAGGGGAUGAGAGGUCAGUGGUUUAAAAUGGUGACACCAUAUGAGCCUCCGAGAGGACAGAGAUGGGCCUUCUGCACCAUUAAAUGCCACCUAGCCAUGUCCAUACCUCUAGCAGCAAUUAGCCAAGACUACUGAAUAAGGACUGUUGAAAUCAUUCCAAGUGUCAGGAAGGGUAUGUGGAAAUGACUGAUACGCUGGGGGUGUCAAACCCCCCCCUCCCCAAAACUAGUAUUUUUCUGUAAUUUGAUGCUCCCUGACUAUCCAGCUUUGUUUUGGUUAUUCUUAGCAACAUGGAAAGAGUGAAGGGACUGUAUAAAUCUAGAGCAAUAUCAUUUCUACAUGGUUUCAAUUUGGUUUUCGUCAUUUCAACUGAAGUUGACUUUCCCCCAAAUGUUGUUUUUACUCAAACCACCCACGGGCCACAUUUGGGCUCCAGAUUAGGCCUGCAGGCCUCAAAUUUGACACACGAUACAAAGCCUUUUGAAUGUGCCGUCUGUUUUGCCAUGCACCGUAUUUACACUUAUUUUUUAGUAAUUUAGAGAGUCAAGAGACCAGAGGUGGCAGAACGGAGUGCUCAUGGUUGGGGUCUGGUCGGGAUUUACCAACAUCCACCAACCUGCCAGGGUGUUUUCAAUUCGUGUAACUAUAAUUGUGUGUACUAUUUAUAUGACAGUAAACUAAAAAAAUUAUCAAUACACAAUAGUGAUCUAGUUUAUUACAUGUCAAGCUUGCGUAGUUACUUUCAUAGGUUUACAAACCAAUUACUCAUGUAUUCACAAUGUGUCCAACCUACUAGACCUAUUGUUAUCAAUUAUACAUUCAUGAUGCAUAAUAAAUGAACGCGUGUUCCUGAAAGCCAUUGUUCCUGCUCGAGUCCAUUGAUAGUGGCUCU